AUGGUUCUGGACGGACAGAAGUUAGAGGCGCUUCUCAAGCGGCUGGACGAGCAGCGGGACGCGUACUUGGAAAGCCAAAACCUCUUGAAUCAGCUGCUCGAGGAGACUCGUGAAGCAGCUGCAAGUCCGGCGCAGAUCCCGCAAAGCUCGCAGACAUCGCAGACAUCACAGACCGCCUCACAACAGGACGCGCGAUGGCGCAAGACCUCAACGGGACUUGAUUCUCUGGUCACAUCGUCUGCAUCUAGAGCGACAGGCGAAGAUUCAGACGAGGAGGAGACUGGAGAAGACUUCUUUGCACAGACGCCUCUGGAACACCAGGAAUACACCCAACAAGGGUUGCAUGAGCACUUGACAUCGUACCAUUGGUCUGAGGAGGGCCGCAAGAUACUUGCUAACGUGCUCGAGGAUCCCAAGUCCCUACUUGCAUCAAAUUUGUUACCUGUGGCGAGGGGCGCUGUCCCUGACCGCAGCCACCUGAGUCAUCAUCAAGUCUAUGAUGUCGGCACGGACGGUGCGCCACUGGCUUUAGAGAGACCCGAACAGGAGCAGCUUCCAUCGAAUGCAUUGCGCAUUUGGCAUGCCAUCAAGGAAGUCAACAAACCCUCAAACGAACGGCGGGCAGUUGGACGCAUCACCGUUAUGCAUGAGCCCUCGCCUGUUCUCUUCGGCGCGAUUCACUAUACCAUGCAAAAGUAUUUUGAUGUCGACGAACUCUUCAAGCACUUGGUGCAAUCCGAGGCGUCUUCUGCUAGUCUUCAUCGAGUGUACAACGCCGACGAACGGCGCCGCCGCACUUUUGUCUUCAACUUUGAAUACUUUACCCUCUUGGGCGACGACUGUCAGCCCAUGGCGUGGCAGCUGGCUGAUCGACAGGAAGAGCGCGCGGCGCACCACAUUGCCAUCACGCGCUGCAGCUCCGUCAUUGCUCUGCAUCUCGGUGGCAAACCCAUCAAACGGAUCAAGAACCGCUCGCGCCGAAGCAACGGGAAUCAAGGUUUCGUUUACGACCCCUUUGCAGCUUGGCAAGUGCUCAACAUUCAGUGCUACCCGGAUUGGCAGUGUAGCCUAGACGUGCACGACUCGACCAAGCACUACGUGAACGGCGUCGAGGCCUUCAUGGUUACCAUUCUUGGCGAAUUCAAGGAUGCCCAGCGUCGCUUCGAAGGCAUAUACCACAAGAUCAGCCGGCUCAUUACGCCUCCGCUCGACUUCAUGUUCAAUGAGGACGUCCGCGAGAAGUUACUAUUUGAAGACGCCGAUUUCACCUUUACACGACGCUACUUUUGGGCGGCGCAGACGCUCGGAAUCGUGAAUGAAUCCAUCAAGGCUAUGAUUGAUGCGUAUGAAGACAAUUUCACUGAAGAGGUCUGGCUUGGCACCCACAAAACGCUAUGGUUGCUUGAGGAACAAGACAGUCCUCGGAACCUGUACUUUCGGAAGAAGAUGUCAACGCUGCGUGCAAAGUUUGAGACCCAGAUGCGAAGCCUCGGGAAACUGAUUGUCGAGAUCGACGCUCGCCGCAAUGAGAUCAGGACGCUACGUGAGGAGCUAUUCGUUGGCACCAGCAUCCAAGAGUCGCGCAAGUCAGUCGAGAAUUCCGACAUCACGGUGCUGCAAGGACACAACAUCAAGAUUCUGACCAUGGUGUCCAUAUUUUUUCUGCCGCUAACCUUUGUGACGUCGGUUUUUGGCAUGACCAAUAUGCCAACGGACGAGCAGUACUGGAAUUUUGGCAUCGUCACCGCGUGCGUCUGUAUUCCCUUUUUUGUGCUCAUUGGCUCUCUGAACUCGAACCGUGGCAUGCAUUUCUGGAGCCACAAGACGCGAGUUUUCUUGCAAGCAGUGGCCAAUUUCUUAGCAUGGCUAGGCCGUGGUGGUAGACAGCGUCAGGGGAAUGCCAUGCCCAAUCCACUGAAUGAGAGCAGAAGCAGAAUGGGGCCUCGCCGUGUCUCUGCAAAGUCUGCCACCUCGUUGGAGGCGCGAAAGGCAGUGCGCCUGAGAACGGAAUCGGUGUCUGCUGAUGUCACAAGUAGCGAUGUCUUCGGCAAGGGACCAGUAAACAGGCCGGGAAUCCCAGGGAGACUGGCCGAAAGUUCCGCGGCAGCUGUCCCUACCACGCAGCUUGCUAGCAUGAUACUUCACGAGUCAAGGCGGGCGCAGAAAAUCAGUUACAACCUAGACAACCCGCAUGACAUAGUAUAG